AUGAGCACAUAUUGGUUGAAGAAUUUUCUCGGUGUUCGUCAAUCUGAUUUUGAGCUGUUGCGAAUUCCAGCUCCGACUGCAGAGUUCUGCAUUCAUGUCACGUUAAGAAGCAUUCAGACUGGAGCACUUCUCGGCUCAGUGCUUGGCCCACUGUCAGCAGUGAUGUUCGAGAGAAAGGCAGCAAAUGCAGAAAAUCUUAGCGCGUCGUUCGUAAAUGGAGGAACAACUGGAGCAAUGAUUGGCGCGUUGAUGGGACCAGCGAUAACUUAUCUAUCGCUCAGAGAUAUGAAUACUGUACAGUUAUAUGACAAGUGUUACCGAUUGAGGUACGUUUCUGGAAAUUUGAAACAUCGAAUAUCGGCUGCUCUUGGUUAUUUGACCAACGGCUCAAUGGGAUUUGUAGUCGGUCUGGACUUGGCUGUACUGAUGAGCAAUCUUAUGGGAAAAGCCUGGUAG